AUGUCGGAGUCGGAUGAGAUUCUCAGCCCUGCUGUUUCAUCAACUGGAUUCCCUACCUUUGCCGAGGCCAAAUUAUCCCUCGAUGCCGCGCUUGCAAGCUACCAGUCAGAUCCCGAAGAUCAUACUGACGACACAAAAAGGUUCCUUGAGAUCUGUUUUACCUACUUCCCCCUCGAGGGGCAGGUGAAUCUAUCUGAUGAUGUGCGCGGCUGCAACGACAACGACGAAUUCCGGCAGCUUGCCAACAGCAUCGAUACAGACCUGUUGCGGCCGUUGCUAUCCAAGGGCGGCAAGACCCCGCCAUCACCCCAUCUCCCCGGUACCCUCGCCUCAUUUUUGAAGAUUCGGUCGAAGACCUCGACACAGCGACUCGAAACAAGCAACAUUGGAGCUCUGAACACAAUUUCCCUCGCGACCAACCAAGAGGAAUCUUACACGCGCCGAAUCUCUGAGAUAUGGACACAGAUUUUCCGCUACUUUCCGAGUCUCCUGUCUACAUUUGAUAUGCCAUCCGAAGCUGUGAAUCGCGAGGAUAAUAUUAUGAUGAUGCUCAAUGCCUUCCAUGGCGGGUUCGGUCGCUUCCACUUUGUUCUUGAGGCCACUUCGACCCCUCAUCAAUACCGCAUCAAAACUUUCCCGCGCCUCUCAACUCUCUGCGAACUUGCAUUGCCAAGGGACAGGCUGGUAUCAUUUACAAAUCAACACUCGCGCAUUGAUCUCCCUGGAGCCGCUCAUUUGGAGUUCCAUGCAGCAAUUGGAAACAUCUUGCAUGCAAGUGGGAGGGGAGAAACGAUUGAAAAGCUCAUAAGGAAUCUAGGGGAGACAGCCGGUUCAUCGCCUUUCACUGCUAGUCUCAAGUUCACGACAGACAGCAAGGUGAAGCAGCAACCGGCUUAG